AUGCUGAAAUUCCUCUUCUUCACAAUAUCAUUGCUCAUAUUACCCCAAUUUUUACUGGCACAAGAAGAAAAUUUCGAAGACGAAAAUUCGGAAGAUGUUUUCGAAAUUCAAAUGAGCAGCUCUGGAAUUGAGCCGGCCCCAGAAAAUUUGGGCUCCGAUGGAUUUGCGACGAGCACUGAAAUGACCAUGGAAUUGAAUGACACGUCAUUGGAAGUUGGACACGUGGCAAAAGGUAUUCUUGAUUUUGAUUAUUUUCAGCACCGAAAUUUCAGGCUGAAAAUGAAAAUUUUCAGCCAAUCUCUUCACACCAAUCACACCACUCGACCCCGAAACUACAGUAAUCUUCCAAAAUUUCUCCACCGCCACUUUCGAACCAGAUUCCAAAGAAGAUUUGGAUGAUUCAGAAGAUUCAGAUGAGGAACAUCUGAAAACGGCUGAAAAAUUGGAGGAGGAGCGCAAAAAUACGUCUGAAAAUCGCCAAAGUUUUACGAUUCCCAUUGAAGAAGUUGUGCAAGAUCGGAGAGUUUUGAAGGAGAAAGGUGAGCAUUUUUCUAGACCAGAAUUUUGCGCUGAAAAUGGAGGAAAUGAUGAUUUUCAGCAGUUUCAGCAUUUUCAGCCUGAAAAUUUUGAUUUUUCCAGAAGAACACAUCACUUCCACAACUGGUUUUCCAUCAACAACUUCUUCCAUUUCAUUGGCCACCGAGGAAAUUGAUGGUGAGGUUUUUUUCAGCGAAAAAUUUCAGUUUUAUUUUAAAAAAAUUAUAAAAAAGGUGUAUUUAGUGUCAAAAAACGUGGAAAUCCAUAUUUUUUCAUGUUUCAGCGCAAAAUUUUGGUCUAGAAAGUUUCAGAUUUUCAGAUUAGCAUGAAGGGAAAAUUUUAGAAUUUUGAAAAAUGUUUUUUUUCCCUGAAGCUCAUAGAAAUGCUGAAAAUCAAUAGUUUCGCGAUUUUCAGCGCUGAAAACGCUGAAAAUUUUGAUUUUCAGCAUGCAAUUUCAAUUUCAAGAUCAUUUUGAGACAAUUCUAGAAAAUCUACAGUAACCAUGUCAUAUUUGGUCUCAAAAAACGUAGAAUUUUCGCUCCCAAAAAUAAUUCAUUUCAAAAAAGCCCAAGUUUUACUUUUACUUAUUUAAAAAUCACAAACAAAAUCCAGCCGCAUGACAAACUUUCAUAUAAUCUCUCGGUGUCAACGCGAAUUGUUUUUUGGCAGCUUUGGUGCGAGGUAUUACCGAUGUAAUACAUUUCCAUUGCUGAGCCGCGUUUUCGGGGAAUUUGCACGACUGAAAAUUGAAAAUCUUGAUUUUCAGCACAAAAUUGUGGUCUAGAAGGUUCAAGUAAAAGUUCUAGACCCAAAUUAUGUGCUGAAAACGCUGAAAAUCAAUAGUUUUCAACUUACCGAGAUCAAAAAUGUCUCAAAACCGUCAAAUCCGUUUUGUUGAAGCGUUUGUCGACAUUCUGUACAACGCUUUUGGGCUUCUGCCACGUGGCACAAAAAACUAGCCAAAAUUAGGACGAGAACGGGGAAUUUUUGCAUUUUUUCUGAUUUUUUCUGUGAUUUCUGCAGCAUUUUUAUGUGGUUUAGACUAAUUCGAUGAAAAAUUUGCAGAAAUUUAUUGCGGGUACUGUAGGCAAUAUUCUACGUGGAAUUUUUUUCGGCCUAAACAUUGGAACUCUUUUUUACUGAAACUCGUGGGAAAUUGCUGAAAAUCCAAAUUUUUUCAUGUUUCAGCGCAAAAUUUUGGUCUAGAAAGUUUCAGAUUUGAAGAUUAGCAUGAAGGGAAAAUUUUGAAAAAAAUUCUAGACUGAAAUUUUUCACUGAAGCUCAUAGAAAUGCUGAAAAUCAAUGAUUUCUUGAUUUUCAGCGCUGAAAACGCUGAAAAUGUUGAUUUUCAGCAUGAAAAUUUCAAUUUCAAGAUCAUUUUGAGACAAUUCUAGAAAAUCUACAGUAACCAGACCAUAUUUGGUCUCAAAAAACGUGGAAUUUUUUUUGGGCGAAUGCCACGUGGCACAAAACCAGAAUUGAGAUGAGCAAAGAUGAUUUCAUUUUUUGAUUUUUUUGAUUUUUUGUCUGAUUUCUGCCACGCUUUUUAUGUUGAUUCAGAAGCUAAUUUAAUCAAAAAUUUGCAGAAAAUUAUUGGGUUACUGUAGGUGGAAUUUUUUGUUUCGGCCUAAAAGUUUAGACUAAUUCGAUCAAAAAUUUGACGGGGUACUGUAGGCCACGUUUGGUUUUUUGGACCUUUUUGUGCUGGAAAUUGAGAAAAUAAUAAUUUUCAGAAUUUCUAGAUUUUUUCAAAAUUCCAAAAAAUUUUCCCUUCAUGCUUGUCUGAAGAUCUGAAACUUUCUAAAACAAGAUUUCGCGCUGAAAUUCGAGAAAAUAUGGAUUUUCAGCGAUUUUCAGCAUUUUCACGAGUUUCAGUGAAAAAUUAUAGUCUAGAAUUUUUUGAAACAAAAAACUUUUUUCAAAAUUCCAAAAAUUUCCCUUCAUUCCUGUCUGAAAAUCUGAAACUUUCUAGAACAAGAUUUCGCGCUGAAAUUUGAGAAAUUUUGGAUUUUCAGCGGUUUUCAGCAUUUCCACGAGUUUCAGCGCAAAAUUUCAGUCUAAAGAUUUUUUUCCAAACAUUUUUCAAAAUUCCAAAAUUUUCCCUCAUGCUAAUCUGAAAAUCUGAAACUUUCUAGGAAAAAAUUUCACGCUGAAAUUCGAGAAAAUAUGGAUUUUCAGCGAUUUUCAGCAUUUCCACGAAUUUCAGCGCGAAAUUUCAGUCUAGAUAUUUUUUCCAAACAUUUUUCGAAACUCCAAAAUUUUCCCCUCAUUCUAAUUUGAAAAUCUGAAAAUUUCUAAAACAAGAUUUCGCGCUGAAAUUUGAGAAAUUUUAGAUUUUCAGCGAUUUUCAGCAUUUCCACGAGUUUCAGCCCAAAAUUUCAGUCUAGAAUUUUUUUUCCAAACAUUUUUCAAAAUUCCAAAAUUUUCCCUUCAUGCUAAUCUGAAAAUCUGAAACUCUCAGAAUCCAAAAUUUCACGCUGAAGCAUAAAAAAAUAUGGAUUUUCAGCGCAAAAUUUCAGCCUAGCUCUCAAAAGCUGAAAUUUUUUUUCAGAAAACGAAACUCCAUUUGAUCAGAGUGCUCUCGAGGGACUUUUUGAGCCGGACGGCUCAAUUUCAGCUCCAGAAGCUCCAGCUUUUCCGAUCCUAAAAAUGGCGGAAGAAGAUGUCAAACUUCUCGUCGAGACCACAACUACAGUAAUCCCAGAAACUACAACUGAAGAGCCAACAACUACAGUAACCGAGCAGCCAUCAACAACCACGACUACAGUACCCUCAACUACAGUACCCUCAACCACCACUACUACAGUAGUACCACCGAAAACUUUUGCAUUGCCUCAAAAAUUGGUGCGAACCCCAAUUUCGUUCCGAAUCACAUCGCUCGAUUUUUCGGAGGAUUUCGAGAAUUUGGAAACGGGUCCCGCCAAGAAAUUGAUUAGGGAUAUUGUGCCGCAGGUACGGUAGGCCCGGGAAAAAAUCGAAUUUUUUGGCGCCAAACAUUUCUGGUAGAUCAAAAUUUUUUAACCAACAGUUUUUUUUUUAAUCAAAAAUUUUUCGCGCCAAAGAUUCAUUUUCAAAUUUUGAUCUACCAGACUUUUUCAAGUUGAAAAGAAAUUAAUAAAAAUUUUUUUACAAAAAAUUUCGAUUCAGAAAAUGUCAAAAAACUAUAUUUUUUCACACAAAAAUGAAAAAAAAUGUCAAAAAUUUGGAAAAAAAUUUUUUGUUUUUUUUAAAUUUUUUUUUCGAGUUUUUUUGAAAUGAAAAAUCCAAAAGUUUUUCGCGUUUUAAAAAAUUCAAUUUCAAAUUUUGAGACAAUUUUGGCGCCAAAAACUACAGUAACCCACAUUUUUCCAGAUCUCCGACUACAUCGCAACAAUCACCGGCGACAAUGACGUGGCAGUCUCCAUAAAAUCUUUGACACGUGGAAGCGUCAUAGUCGCCGCCGAAGUCGCAACGAAAAAAUCGCUAGGCGACGCGCAAAUGGCUGCGAAUCUGCUGGAGGCCGCAAUUUCGCGCAACUCUUCCCAAUUGGGCGAAUACACGGUGGAUUCGUUGAGUUUGCAAGUCGAUGGAGUCGCGUCGCAAGCCUAUUUGGAUGCGAUUUCUACGACGCGCCGCGAUGACGCUGCCACUUCACUUUCCUCACUGAUUUUAUUGAUUAUUGCCGUUUCGUUGAUUGUUAUCACUUCGGUGGCACUUUGUGUGAUUUUGGUGAGUUUUUUUUGAUCUACCAAAAAAAUUUGGGCGGGAAAACUUGAAUUUUUACACGUGGCAUUAAAAAUGGUGUCAAAAAAUCUACAGUAAAUCCAAAAAAUUUGAAUUUUUAAAAAAAAAUUUAAAUUAAAAAUUUGGCGGGUUUUUGAAUUUUGGCGCGAAACUUUGAUCUACCAAAAAAAUUGGAGGGAAAACUGCCACGUGGUAUCAAUUUUUUCGCCAUGGUGUCAAAAAAUCUACAGUAACCUUGUUUGUUUUUUCAAAAAAUUUUAAAUUAAAAAUUUGGCGGGUUUUUGAAUUUUGGCGCGAAACUUUGAUCUACAAAAAAAAUUGGCGGGAAAAAUUGAAUUUCCUUUUUUUUCAAAAAAUCUACAGUAACAUUGUUCUACAAAAAUUUGAAUUUUUUUUAAUUUAAAAAAUUUAAAAAAAAAUUUAAAUUUUAAAUUUGGCGGGCUUUUGAAUUUUGGCGCGAAAGUUUGAUCUACAAAAAAAUUUGGGCGGGAAAACUGCCACGUGGCAUUAAUUUUUUUUUCGCGGUGUCAAAAAAUCUACAGUAACCUUGUUCUACAAAAAUUUGAAUUUUUUUAAAUUCAAAAAAAAUUUUAAAUUAAAAAUUUGGCGGGUUUUUGAAUUUUGGCGCGAAACUUUGAUCUACAAAAAAAAUUGGGCGGGAAAACUUGAAUUUACUUUUUUUUUUAAAAAAUCUACAGUAACCUGUUUGUUUACUAUCAAAAUUCGCUAGCUACAGUACUCUACUCUACAGUAAUCCAACCCAAAAUAUUUCCAGAUCACCAACAAAAAACGUCGACAAUCAAAGAUGAAAUUAUCGAUUGGCGGCGAAAAUUCGGUGCGAAGUUUGACACCCGAAAUGUCGCCUCAACAUUCUGUGAAUCUGUAAGUUUAUCUACAGUACUCCUACAGUAACCCAAUUUGUUUUUGUUGCAGAAUGUCCUACGGUAAUCGUGCCUCCACAGUUCAAAAAACCCAAAUCGAUGAGACGAAUUCGGUCAUGUAUUGA